AUGCAGGUGUAUCUGUCUACAUAUCUACCUCCAUUCAACUCUCUCUCUCUCCAUCCCUUCAUAUCUCUUUCUCUCCUCCGUUCAUAUCUAUCUGCCUAUCCAUCUAUCUCCGUUCAUAUCUAUCUGCCUAUCCAUCUAUCUCCGUUCAUAUCUAUCUGCCUAUCCAUCUAUCUCCGUUCAUAUCUAUCUGCCUAUCCAUCUAUCUCCGUUCAUAUCUAUCUGCCUAUCCAUCUAUCUCCGUUCAUAUCUAUCUGCCUAUCCAUCUAUCUCCGUUCAUAUCUAUCUGCCUAUCCAUCAAUCUCCGUUCAUAUCUAUCUGCCUAUCCAUCUAUCUCCGUUCAUAUCUAUCUGCCUAUCCAUCUAUCUCCGUUCAUAUCUAUCUGCCUAUCCAUCUAUCUCCGUUCAUAUCUAUCUGCCUAUCCAUCAAUCUCCGUUCAUAUCUAUCUGCCUAUCCAUCUAUCUCCGUUCAUAUCUAUCUGCCUAUCCAUCAAUCUCCGUUCAUAUCUAUCUGCCUAUCUAUCUAUCUCCAUUCAUAUCUAUGUACCUACCUAUCUCCGUUCAUAUCUACUUAACUAUCUCCAUAUCCCCCAAAAAAUAUUCAGGCUACCUCAGUUCAUUCAUAUCGACCUACUUUUGCUCUUUUAUAUCUAUCUCACUUCCAUCAUGCCUUCAUAUCGAUCGCAGUCCUUUUAUACAUAUCUUAUCUCCCUUUCACAUCUAUCUGUUUUAUCUCAAUCUCGCUGCCCUGGACCUCCAGAUGCCGCUGCAGUGGCAUUCGCCGCUGCGGAGGAACCACCACCUUUUUCGGGCCCGGCUACUCCUUCAGCAAUCAACAUGUUGUCGAGUCGCAUCAGUUGGGGAUCUGGAGCUCUUAGCAACGUUUGUCUCUCUCUCAUUCCAUCAUCCAUUCAUGCAAGCUCAUCAGUUGUGUUAUGAUGGAGAAUGUUUCCCUACAAUCAGUUCAUACCUAUCUAUCUAUCUAAGUCAGUUCCUAUCUAUCUAUCUAUCUAAGUCAGUUCCUAUCUAUCUAUCUAUCUAUCUAAGUCAGUUCCUAUCUAUCUAUCUAAGUCAGUUCCUAUCUAUCUAUCUAAGUCAGUUCCUAUCUAUCUAUCUAAGUCAGUUCCUAUCUAUCUAUCUAAGUCAGUUCCUAUCUAUCUAUCUAAGUCAGUUCCUAUCUAUCUAUCUAAGUCAGUUCCUAUCUAUCUAUCUAAGUCAGUUCCUAUCUAUCUAUCUAAGUCAGUUCCUAUCUAUCUAUCUAAGUCAGUUCCUAUCUAUCUAUCUAUCUAAGUCAGUUCCUAUCUAUCUAUCUAUCUAUCUAAGUCAGUUCCUAUCUAUCUAUCUAUCUAUCUAUCUAUCUAAGUCAGUUCCUAUCUAUCUAUCUAUCUACCUAAGUCAGUUCCUAUCUAUCUAUCUAUCUAAGUAUCUACCUAAGUCAGUUCUAUCUAUCUAUCUAUCUAUCUAUCUAUCAGCCUCCCCUGCUGUUAAUAAACACUGUUUAAAGUAA